GGUAAGAUCUGGCUGAUGGGUACAUGAGAAUAGAAUUUAGAAAUACGUUCAGCCCAAAAUUACCAUUUAUUAUUAUUUUUUUUCGUGAGGAAGAGGCGUUCCAUGCUUAAAGCCUCCAUCCAAGCUCUCCGACCUCAGCAUCUGCACAAAAAUAAACAAAAAAUAAAUAAAGGAGAAAAAAAAAACAAUGACAAAAGAAGUGUGAAUUUUCUUUCUGAUUCUCCAAUUUUCUAAGAUCGAUCGCACCUUUGAUUAUUGGAAAAAUUGCUCCAAUCGGCUAAAAUGAUUUCAUUGGUUGCCAGUUGUAGCAGUCAAAUGUCUCCUUCAGUUUCUUGUCAAGAAAAAGGAAGUAGGAACAAAAGAAAAUUCAGAGUUGAUCCACCUCUAGGGGAGCCAAAUAAGUUCAUUCCUGCACCUCAACUCAAGUGCUUCAGUUAUGAAUUCUCUGCUGAGAGGUUUGAAAUAACCCCAGGUCAUGGACAAGCUGCUGCUUGUGACCUGUGUGGUGUUAGCCAAGAUUAUUCUGAUGGAUUGAAACUUGGCCUUGGAUUGUAUAAUCCUGGAACAUCUGAGGUCGGGCCUAGUCAAUCUAAGGACGAACCUGAGACAGAUGAAAUUAAUGAUGCAGAUUGGAGCGAUCUCACAGAAGCCCAGCUGGAAGAACUUGUCCUGACUAAUUUGGACACCAUUCUCAAGAGUGCAAUUAAAAAAAUUGUAGCAUGCGGCUACACUGAAGACGUUGCUACUAAGGCCAUUUUAAGACCUGGCAUCUGUUAUGGAUGUAAAGAUACUUUGUCUAAUAUUGUUGAUAAUUCUUUAGCAUUUCUUAGAAAUGGUCAAGAGAUUGAUACAUCACGAGAGCACUAUUUUGAAGAUCUAGUGCAGCUUGAGAAGUAUAACUUGGCUGAAUUGGUUUGUGUUCUUCGAGAGGUUAGGCCAUUCUUCAGUGUUGGGGAUGCAAUGUGGUGUUUGUUAAUUUGUGACAUGAAUGUGUCACAUGCUUGUGCAAUGGAUUGUAACCCUUUAAGUAGUUUAGGUAAUGAUAAUUCUACUGGUGGUCCAUCUAACCAAGCUGAAUCACUAUCAAAAGCAGAAACCAAAUGUCCUGAACCGAGUCUUAUAAGUCCUAGUAAAUCAAUUCCUACAUGUUCUCAUAAUUCUCAAUCAAAGAAACCCUUUGUGACAAGAAUUCCUGGUGUGAACAACUUGAAUCCUCAAAUUAUUGGUGGAGCCUCAGAGAAGGAGGGUGCCAGUUGUGGAUCUGAGUGCAUUAAUAAAGCAUUCAGCGCUGCAGGAACAUCUCAAUCUGGCCUGAUGAAAGAAAAGCGUGGAACAGUUAGAAAGGUCCAUUCUGGUAGCACCAAGAGAGACUACAUUCUUCAACACAAGUCAUUUCACAAAGAAAAAAGUUAUCGUACUUAUGGAUUAAAAGGGUCUUCAAGACGAGGAAAAGUGAAUGGCUUGAGUGGUUUGGUCUUGGAUAAAAAACUUAAAUCUGUGUCAGAAUCUUCUACCAUAAACUUAAAGAGUGCAUCCUUACAGAUAAGUAAGGCAGUGGGCAUUGAUACUACGCAAGACAGUAUUAGUGUUAACUUUUCAUGUAAUGCUGGGACUUCUACAUCCACUGCAUUUAGCCUGGUGAAUUCUUCUGAUUCUGUUUGUAGAUCAACCAAUACUUCAUUUGCAAUAAAUGCAGCAAAUACUAUACCCGUAUUCAGUUGUCCAGCUUCAUUAUCAGCUACCAAUACAGAUCUUUCUCUCUCAUUGUCUUCAAAAAUCAAGCCUUCUACGGAAUCUGUCUGCAGCAAUAAUGAGGCACCUAAUAGUAGUUAUAUGGGAAUACUGUAUAAUAAUAAUAAUAAUAAUAAGUCCCCAAGGCAGUGGAUACCCCACGAUGGAAAGGAUGAGAUGAUUUUAAAACUGCUUCCAAGGGUUCGGGAGCUGCAAAACCAGCUUCAAGAAUGGACAGAGUGGGCUAAUCAGAAGGUCAUGCAAGCUGCUCGUCGUCUGAGUAAGGAAAAGGCUGAGCUUCAGACACUAAGGCAAGAGAAAGAGGAAGUUGAACGUCUAAAAAAAGAGAAGCAAUCUCUAGAGGAAAAUACCUUGAAGAAGCUUUCUGAGAUGGAAAAUGCCCUGUGUAAAGUUAGUGGGCAGGUAGAGCGAGCUAAUGCCACUGUCCGGAAGCUCGAGGUGGAGAAGGCUGCACUGAGGAAAGAGGUGGAGGCUGCUAAGAUACGUGCCACAGAAACUGCUGCAAGCUGUCAAGAGGUCUCAAGGAGAGAAAAGAAGACACAAAUGAAGUUUCAGUCAUGGGAAAAGCAGAAAUCCUUGUUUCAGGAAGAGCUAACGAUUGAAAAACGGAAAUUGGCACAGCUGCUGCAGGAAUUAGAACAAGCUAGAAUGCAGCAGGAGCAAGUUGAGGGUAGAUGGCAGCAGGAAGCAAAGGCAAAGGAAGAGUUUAUCCUGCAGGCCAGUUCUAUAAAAAAGGAAAGAGAACAAAUUGAGGAAUCAGGAAAAUCCAAGGAGGAUGCGAUCAAAUUAAAAGCAGAGAGGAAUCGGCAAAUGUACAGAGAUGACAUCCAUAAACUUGAAAAGGAAAUUUCCCAACUAAGACUGAAGACUGACUCUUCAAAAAUUGCUGCACUGAGGAUGGGCAUUGAUGGAUGCUAUGCCAGCAAAUGCUUGGACAUGAAAAAUGGCACUGCUCAGAAGGAACCCCGGGCUUCUUUCAUCUCAGAGCUAGUCAUUGACCACUCAGCGACAGGUGGUGUGAAACGGGAACAAGAAUGUGUGAUGUGCCUUUCAGAGGAGAUGUCUGUUCUGUUCAUGCCAUGUGCUCAUCAGGUUGUUUGCAAAACAUGUAAUGAGCUCCAUGAGAAGCAGGGUAUGCAAGAUUGCCCUUCUUGCAGGAGCCCUAUCCAACAGCGUAUUGCUGUGCGCUUUCCACGUAUUUGAUUUAUUUAUUUGCUUGAGUGAGUUAAGCAUUUUUGAAUAAUAAUAAUAAUAAUAAUGUCUAUGGGACUCAUGCUAUGAAUAAUGCAUUCAUAUCAUGUUUCUUGAGCUGAGAUACAUUAAUUUACUUCUGCUGUUUUGAUGUUUUCAGGAUUUGUUUUGUUGUUGUUGCACUUGUCUUUGCUUGUUUGAUAGUAUGUAAUGGUCAGCUUCUCAUGAUGACCCUCUUCAUCCAAGCCAAGUAUUUUUUUUUUUUCUCGUAAGAGGGUUAAAACUGCUCAGCUCCAUUACGAACAGUUGAAGUAUGUGAAUAGAACGAAGAUAUCAAACGUAUCUUCCUUUGUCA